AUGUUUUUCAAGAUUCCCCCUCCCCGUCAGUUCCUUGUCCUCUCGGCCACUAGCUCGGCCCCCUUCGACCCGAGCCACAAGUUCCUCGUCUUGUCUCCCACCGAGUCCGGCCCUGACUCUCGUGUCUACGAUGAGCAGGCCGUGACUGAGUCUGCCACUGUCGAGCACGAGCAGGAGUUGCACCGCUCCAACAGCUCGUCUUCCACUUCAUCCGAGGCCUCGCAGAUCGACGAGGAUGCUGCCACCCUGCCUAGUGGCUUCCUCUUCCUCGGCCACACCAAGGGUCGCCGUGCUUCCCAGUGA